AUGUGGAGUAGCAAACAUUUUCUGGCAUUUAUUCUAGUUGGAUUGGCAUAUGACCCCUUUGUGCUUGGCCAGAAUAUUGAUUGCCAGCGGCCUCCUCAGCUAGUGGAUCCUGCUCUUUGUUGUCGGGAUGGAGGCCGAGACCAGAUCGCCGAGAAAUGCGCCGAGCAAGUUGUUGGAACACCAAAUGGACAACAAAAUAAUGGACCGCCUUCCAUUGAUUCGGCAACCUGCUUGGCUGACUGCAUCCUGACAACGGCGCAAUAUAAGCAGGAGCCAAAGACGCUCAACUUGCAAGUGAUACGCAAGGAUCUGUCCAUGAAAUUCUCCAAUGAUACGGCAUAUGUGGAGGCCAUGACAGCAGCGUUUACCAAAUGUGAGCCACAGGCCCAGCGAAGAUUGGCGGCGAUUCAGCAAUUUAAUCCGAAGCAGCCCAAGUGUAGUCCUUUUGCCGCUAUUGUGCUAGGCUGCACAUACAUGGAAUACUUUAAGAAUUGUCCAGCCCAGCGCUGGACACAGAGCGCAGAGUGUGAGUUGGCUAAGACUUUUGUCACUCAAUGCGGCUUGGGUGCUUAA